GAGCUGACGAUGACAGCUGUUUCAACAGGGGUUGACACCUGUCCACGGGACGAGUGUUGGCCAAUAGGAUCGCCGCUUAAAUCCCGAGCCGCGCCUCUGACGCAAAUGUUCUGAGCGCUGUGGGCGGGUCGUUACGGAUCGAGUUGUAGAUGCUAUUGAGAUGUACCGGCGGUACUGAUGCAGAGUGGAGCUGACACUCACCAGUUCAAAAUGUAACCUGCUGCCCACCUGGCGAUUUGAAUCUUCUGAUCGAAGCAGGAUGACAGAAGACGCAGUGAAAAAUCUAAUUAAAAUGGCUUUCCGAGUACACCUGGUAUUUCAUUGGGAGAGUCGCUUUUUGGAGCCCUGAGGAAUAAGGCUUGUUAAUGGGAAAUCUGGGAUAUUUGCAUUGAGGAUUUUACUCGUCCUGAGGGAAGCCGCUUCUCUGCCAUUCUCUGGUGUUCUUCAGAAAGAACAUGGCCAGAAACUCAUUCCGUGGCUCGAAGUACAGAGCGGAGGUCAAUCACGAUGGAGAUUUUGGCUGCACGCUCAAAGAGCUACGCUCUCUUAUGGAACUCAGAGGGACAGAUGGAUUACAGAGAAUUCAGGAAUGUUACGGAGAUGUUCAGGAACUCUGUUCCAGGUUAAAAUCUUCACCGACAGAAGGUUUAAGUGGCGAUCCUGAUGACAUUGCGAGACGAAAAGAACAAUUUGGAAAGAAUUUCAUACCUCCUAAAAAGCCUAAAACAUUCCUUCAGUUAGUGUGGGAAGCUUUGCAGGAUGUGACUCUAAUUAUUUUGGAAGUUGCAGCUAUAAUAUCUUUAGGCCUUUCCUUCUAUAGACCUCCUGAUACAGAGAGAGAAAAUUGUGGUAGGGCGGCUGGUGGAGCUGAAGAUGAAGGAGAGGCAGAGGCGGGCUGGAUUGAGGGUGCAGCCAUCCUGUUGUCUGUCGCCUGCGUGGUGCUUGUCACAGCGUUCAAUGACUGGAGCAAAGAGAAGCAGUUCCGCGGGCUGCAGAGUCGCAUCGAACAAGAGCAGAAGUUUUACGUAGUCCGUGCCGGGCAGGUCAUUCAGAUUCCUGUGGCCGAGAUUGUCGUUGGAGACAUUGCUCUUGUAAAAUAUGGUGACCUCCUUCCUGCAGACGGUGUGGUAAUCCAAAGCAACGAUCUAAAAAUUGAUGAGAGCUCCCUCACUGGAGAGUGUGACCAUGUCAAGAAAACGUUCGACAAAGACCCCAUGCUUCUUUCAGGCACUCAUGUGAUGGAGGGCUCUGGUAGAAUGGUGGUCUCUGCAGUGGGCAUCAACUCUCAGACUGGCAUCAUCUUCACUCUGCUCGGAGGUGGAGAUGAUGAGGAUGAUGACGACGAUGAUGAGGAUAAAAAAGAAAAGAAAGAGAGGAAAAAGAGGGAGAAAGAGGAGAAGAUGAAAGAAAAGGAGAAGAAAAUGAAGGAAAAUAAAGACAAAAAGAAAAGCAAAAAGCAAGAUGGAAUGGAGAAAAAGAAAGACAGGGAUGGAGCCACGGUGGAGAUGGAUCCCCUUCACGGCGACAAUGUAUCACAGGACGAAGCAAAAAAAUCCAAGAUGCAUAAGAAAGAAAAAUCUGUACUUCAGGGGAAGCUUACCAAAUUAGCAGUACAAAUUGGAAAAGCAGGUCUCUUCAUGUCAGCCAUCACGGUCAUCAUUCUUAUUGUUCUUUUUCUGGUGGACACCUUCUGGAUCCAGGGGCUCCCCUGGUUAAAAGACUGCACUCCCAUUUACAUCCAGUUCUUCGUUAAGUUCUUCAUCAUCGGGGUCACCGUCCUGGUCGUUGCCGUGCCUGAGGGUCUCCCCCUUGCCGUCACCAUCUCCUUGGCUUAUUCUGUGAAAAAAAUGAUGAAGGACAACAAUCUAGUGAGACAUCUGGACGCUUGUGAGACGAUGGGCAACGCCACUGCGAUUUGCUCUGAUAAAACAGGCACUUUGACCAUGAACAGAAUGACGGUGACGCAGGUGUAUAUCGAAGACCAACACUACAAGAAGAUUCCAAAACCGGAUUCGAUUUCAGGCAAAACCAGGGACCUGCUUGUCACAGGCAUCGCCAUUAACUGUGCAUACACUUCCAAAAUUUUACCUCCUGAGAAAGACGGCGGUCUGCCCCGUCAAGUCGGGAACAAAACAGAAUGUGCCUUGCUGGGUUUUUGCCUUGACUUAGGACUUAGUUACCAAACUGUUCGCGAUAAGUUUCCUGAGGAAAGAUGGUACAAAGUGUACACCUUCAACUCAGUGAGGAAAUCCAUGAGCACGGUCGAAAAAAUCUCGGAUGGAACGUAUCGUAUGUUCACAAAAGGAGCUUCAGAAAUCCUCCUGAAAAAGUGUUGUAAAAUCUUGUCAGCCAAUGGCGAGGCCAAAGUCUUCAAGCCCAGGGAUCGAGAGGACAUAAUGAAUAAGGUGAUUGAGCCCAUGGCCUCUGAGGGCUUGAGGACAAUCUGUCUAGCCUACAGGGAGUUUCCUCUUUCAGAUGGAGAACCUGACUGGGACAGUGAGUCAGAUAUCUUGACUGGACUCACCUGCAUUUGUGUUGUGGGCAUUGAGGAUCCAGUUCGCCCAGAGGUCCCAGAUGCCAUUAAGAAUUGUCAGCGAGCAGGCAUCACGGUGCGUAUGGUCACCGGGGAUAACAUUAACACCGCCCGGGCGAUUGCAACCAAAUGCGGCAUUCUCCAUCCCGGCGAUGACUUCCUGUGUAUUGAGGGUAAAGAGUUUAACAGGAGGAUACGCAAUGAACUUGGAGAGAUUGAGCAAGAACGUAUCGACAAGAUCUGGCCUAAGUUACGUGUACUUGCAAGAUCUUCUCCGACCGAUAAGCACACAUUGGUUAAAGGUAUAAUCGACAGCACCAUCUUAGAACAAAGACAAGUUGUUGCCGUCACAGGAGACGGGACCAAUGAUGGCCCUGCGUUGAAGAAAGCUGAUGUUGGAUUUGCAAUGGGAAUUGCUGGUACUGAUGUGGCAAAGGAGGCAUCAGACAUUAUACUGACAGACGAUAACUUUUCUAGCAUUGUGAAAGCGGUGAUGUGGGGAAGGAACGUCUAUGACAGUAUCUCCAAGUUCCUCCAGUUUCAGUUGACAGUCAAUGUUGUGGCUGUCAUUGUAGCAUUUACAGGAGCAUGUAUCACACAGGACUCGCCACUCAAAGCUGUACAAAUGCUAUGGGUGAAUUUAAUCAUGGACACAUUUGCGUCAUUGGCGUUGGCGACGGAACCUCCUACCGAGUCUUUGCUCUUGCGGAAACCGUACGGUCGAAACAAGCCCCUCAUCUCCCGCACCAUGAUGAAGAACAUUCUAGGACACGCCGUUUAUCAGCUGACUAUCAUCUUCACCUUGCUGUUUGCUGGUGAGCACAUCUUUGACAUUGACAGCGGCAGGAACGCUCCUCUGCACGCUCCUCCUUCAGAACACUACACCAUCGUCUUCAACACCUUUGUUAUGAUGCAGAUCUUCAACGAAAUCAAUGCUCGCAAGAUCCACGGCGAGAGGAAUGUUUUCGAGGGCAUCUUUAAUAACUUCAUCUUUUGCACAAUUGUUUUUGGAACGUUUAUAAUCCAGAUCAUAAUUGUGCAGUUUGGAGGGAAGCCUUUUAGUUGUGUUCGUCUCACUGUUGACCAGUGGUUGUGGUGUGUCUUUCUCGGCUUUGGCUGUCUUCUUUGGGGUCAGUUGAUUACAACUAUUCCCACGAGCCGACUGAAGUUCCUGGUUACAGCAGGACAUGGAACCCAAAAGGAGGAGAUCCCUGAGGACGAGUUGGAGGAGAUGGAGGACCUGGAUGAAAUUGAUCAUGCUGAGAUGGAGCUCAGAAGGGGGCAUGUUCUGUGGUGCAGGGGUCUCAACAGAAUUCAGACACAGAUACGUGUGGUUAAUGCUUUUCGGGAUUCCAUGUCACCUUACGAAGGCCUGGAGACGCCGGAGUCCCGCAGCUCCAUCCACAACUUCAUGAGCCACCCUGAAUUCCGUAUCGAGGAUUCUAUGCUAGCCAUCCCACUCAUCGAUGACACAGAUCCUGAGGACGAUGCGCCUACUAAAGGCAACGCUGUUCCUCUCUCACUGCCUCCAAUUUUAUCCAUAGCUAAUCAGAACAAUAACGCCACUGAUAGCAAGGCCUACCAUCACCAUAAAGAUCUAGCAAAGACCAUCCUUCCUCAGACUCCUGGAAGUCCACUGCAUAGCCUGGAAACCUCUCUUUAAGCCAGUAAACAAUCCUAUGCAAGAGCGCAUAAGGACACAGUCUUAUGUUUUGGUCUUGUAUCAUUCUGGAGAACUGGCAAGGUAGCAAAACUUGACAUGUGCUGGUUUUCAUUUAUUUAAUGGAGUUUGUGGAAUAUUUUCCUAUGAUUUGUUUGUUUUAGAAUUCUUGGAAGAUCUGAAUUUACUGUAAAUCUUAAAAAUACCUGCAAUGCCUUGCCAUUACGAAAUUUUAGACAAUAUGGCAGGUGGGUUACUGAGGUUGAUUUCAGGCCUAUUUUAUAAAUCAUAGCUUGCAGCAAUAACUGUACUGUAAACACUACACACCCAAUGUGUUGUAAUGUAAUGAAAUAUUGACUGUCCGUGAGAUUUACAGUGGUACAAUUAGAAAAGCAUUUGUUACUUCUCUUUUUUUGUCUCUUCUUUAUCUCUUUAAUUCGAUAAAUACCAUACCAAGAAAGGACACAUAGUGUAUUAGUUUAAUGAAGGCUACUAAAACACAAAUAACAUUUAGCAUUGUACCAUCUUUAUAGUGUAAACAAUUUUGAUCCACCCCGUCCCUAAAACAAGCACAAACAGUAGACAAGAUGCCACUGUAUGAAAUAGUUUGAAGAUAAAGUGUUAUUUAUUGUGCGAGAAAUACAUUGUGGGUACAUGAAUGUGGUUUAGGAUUUAGGAAUAAUAAUAGGGCGUAGGCUCUUUUGGAUGUAUGCACAGUUUAAGGUUAGAAAAUGUGAAGUUAUUGGUCAAUUUUGUUUGUUUCACUGUAGUUUCAUUCCUCUUGGGAAUAAAUAUUUUUCCAUUUGUUUAUGGAAUAUUUUUUUUUCUAUUGUAAUAUUUGGUAUAAAUGUAUUUAAUGUCUGUUGAUGAAUCUCAAAAAAUGU